UCUUUCUUAUUCUUCACUUAUAAAUCUUAGUUAAACUCAUCACUUAAACUCACGACUAGCAAUGGCGUCGAUCACCUGUUCCUCCGAUCAACGUCUCCCAACAAGCAAGAGACGUUUAAAGCCGUUGAUAUUAAGAGACUACUUAUUACUCGAUGAUCUCAGCUCUUGUUCAUCCAACGGCUUCAAAUCAUUCCCACGUCGUCAACCUCUUCCUUCCUCUUCAUCUUCCACCGUUCGUCGUCUCCUUGACGCCGAGAUGAAACUGUCAGGGUUGAUCCACAAGCCGCGUCUCACUAGAAGAAGCCGUACGACUUGCGGAACGGCGAUCAGUAACGCCGUCCAUAAAGCUUCUACGGCGUUUCUUAACGCCGUUAAACUUAUACCGUUCCAUGCAACCGCUACGUUAGGAAAGGGAGAUGAGAAACAACAAGGCGGUUUCUCUGGAAGCUUCUCUAAAAGACGCUUCUGGGGAAAACCGGUAAGUCAAUCUCGCCGUGAAGUUACCGUCAUUGACGUCGGAGAUGGAGAGAUCCAAUGGUGGCGAUCCGCCGCGUUUUUCCCGGACGAAGAGAGUUUAGGACAACCGUCCGAUCUGUUUUCUCAAAUCUCCACCGUCGCCGACGAAGCGACAUUCUCAGUCUCUGAAGAUUCGGUGAUCACCACCACCGUGAACAUUAUCAUCGGUGGUGACUCGUCGAGUUCCGGUAGCGAGUUUUUCACGAACUCGUCGUCGUCGGAGAUUGUACAGUCAUCUUCUUCGUUGUUCUCUUCGACGUCGAACGGAAACGACGCCGUGGAAGACGGUGGUGAGAUCGGAGAGAGUUUAAACGCACGUGACUGUGACGGAUCAUCUGUCAACUGCGACAGCCUGUGCAACAGAAAGGAAUUUGUGAAUGAAGAAAAAGAACAACUCAGUCCAGUAUCAAUCUUGGAAUGCCCUUUUGAAGAUGAAAUAACUGGUCUUAUCUCCCACCAAAAUGAUACAUAUGAGAAAAAUGCAAGAAAAAGCAGGAGAGUAAAUGGUUUGGUACGGCUUGAGCCACUAGAAUUGGAGAAACGCAUAGAGAAGUAUGUCGAGCGAGAAGAAGAAGAGUAUUCAUAUCACGUGGUAGAAACCGAAGAGGACGAAUCAGAAAACCGAGCAAACCGCUUGUUUGCUCUUGUGAAGUCAAGAAUCGGCGAAACAAACAACAUACUAGCUUUUAAUGUAGCAAAUAAUCUAUUGUUAGAUUAUCCUCAAGAAGAUAACAUUGGGGCAAAAGAAGAGACAUUAAUGGUGAAGAAAGUAGAAGAUUGGGUGAUGGAUAGACAAGAAGAGAUGUUUAUGAGUUGGGAAGUGAGGGAGAAGAGAGAGGUUUAUGUGAAGGAAAUGAAAUGGGGUUGCAUUAAUGGAGAUGAGAAAGAGAAUGUGGUUGAAGAAUUGGCUAAUGGUUUCUUCACUUUCUUGGUGGAUGAAUUCAUCUUCGACUUAGUUUUGUGAUGAUGA